GUCAUUCGAACGAUGUGUGUUUAGCGAUUGUGGUUUUGUAUAUAUUAGAGGUGUUUUAGUGGACAAUUAUUAAUGUUAAAUAAUAAAUAGUGAAAAUGGAGACUGAAAAGAUGAUAGAGGAUACAAUACCACCUCAGGUGACGUCACUGACAAGUUUGGACAGCGGCGUCAGACCGGUGCCCAGUAGCCCUGCGUACGCGGCGGAAAGGGACGCAUGCCUCAACUACUUCACAAGAUGGAACGAGACAGAUCAGGUGGAAUUCGUGGAGCAACUCCUGGCGAGGAUGUGCCACUACCAGCACGGUCACAUCAAUGCCUACCUCAAACCGAUGCUACAAAGGGAUUUCAUCAGUAUGCUGCCCAAAAAAGGCCUGGACCACGUCGCAGAGAACAUACUAUCGUACCUGGACGCGAGCUCUCUAUGUGCGGCCGAGUUGGUUUGCCGCGAGUGGUUGAGGGUGAUAUCGGAAGGGAUGCUGUGGAAGAAACUCAUCGAGAGGAAGGUCCGUACGGAUUCGCUGUGGCGCGGCCUCGCCGAGCGGAGGGGAUGGAUACAGUACCUGUUCAAACCGAAGCCCGGCUGCCAACAUCCGUCACACUCAUUCUACAGACAACUAUAUCCCAAGAUAAUAAAGGACAUACAAUCUAUAGAGGACAAUUGGAGAAUGGGAAAACAUAAUUUACAGAGGAUAAACUGCAGAUCGGAGAAUUCCAAAGGCGUAUAUUGCUUACAGUACGACGACAAUAAGAUAGUAUCGGGCCUUAGAGAUAACACAAUAAAAAUAUGGGACAGAAAGACACUGCAGUGCGUCAGAGAGCUCCAAGGUCACACGGGGUCGGUUCUGUGCCUGCAGUACGACGAGCGCGCCAUCAUAUCCGGCUCGUCGGACUCCACCGUGCGCGUGUGGGACGUGUCCACGGGCGCCAUGCUCAACACGCUCAUCCACCACUGCGAGGCGGUGCUGCACCUGCGCUUCUGUAACGGCAUGAUGGUCACUUGCAGCAAGGAUCGUUCGAUAGCCGUAUGGGAUAUGACGUCGACGACGGAGAUAAUGCUGAGGCGAGUGCUGGUGGGACACAGGGCCGCUGUCAAUGUCGUUGACUUUGACGAGAAAUAUAUUGUCAGUGCGUCCGGUGAUAGAACUAUAAAAGUGUGGAACACGUCGUCGUGCGAGUUCGUGCGCACGCUGAACGGGCACAAGCGCGGGAUCGCGUGCCUGCAGUACCGGGACCGGCUCGUCGUGUCGGGGUCCUCGGACAACACCAUCCGGCUGUGGGACAUCGAGUGCGGCUCGUGCAUCCGGGUGCUCGAGGGGCACGAGGAGCUCGUGCGCUGCAUACGGUUUGACAAUAAGCGAAUCGUGAGCGGCGCUUACGACGGGAAGAUCAAGGUGUGGGACCUCCCGGCUGCGCUGGACGUGCGGACGCCGCACCAGGACCUCUGUCUGCGGACCUUAGUCGAGCACACGGGACGCGUGUUCCGUCUUCAGUUCGACGAGUUCCAGAUCGUGUCCUCGUCGCACGACGACACCAUCCUCGUGUGGGACUUCCUCAACUACAGCGGCGCCUCGCCCCCGCCGCGCGCGCGCUCACCCGCAGAUAGGGACCUGUUCGACUAGCGCCGCCCCGGUAACAUUCUAAGACCACAAUGAGACUACGUUUUUUUUGUAAAAGUUAAACGUUAUAGAGAAUUAAUUAUUAAACUAAUGAGGGAUGUAAGUAAUUAAAUAGAUUAAAAAGAGAGAGAAAGAAAACA